AUGGAGGGUUCAUUAAGGUACAAUAGGAGAAGAAGUGGAUAUGAGCCAUCGGAUACUGAAAAUGAGUGGCCAAACAGUCCCAGGCGUGAGCGGGACACCAAUGUAGAAUUUGAAAAUAUGGGCUACGAUCAAGGUAGGAGCACUAGCCAUUUGAGGACCCUUAAAUUUGAGGCUCCUCCUCGAAGAAGGCAUAGUAAGUCCCCGUAUAAACCUCGUGGAGAAGAUGGUACUGCUCGUUCGCCCUUACAUAAUUCUGAUUUACGUAGAAAUAUUAGCCCACUUUCACGUAGAACACAUUCUGUUGGUGAAAAUGUUGGUCCAUUUUCAGAAUCUGAAAGCAGGACUAAUCCUGAUUAUAGAGAAAAUGUUGGUCCAUUUUCAAAAUAUGAACACAGAACCAAUUCUGAUGGAAGAGGAAAUCUUAGUCCAUUUUCGAGAUCUGAGCGCAGCACUAAUCCUGAUGACCGAGGAAAUGUUAGCCUGUUUAUAUCAGAACGCAGGAGACAUAUUUCUCCAUACAGACCUGGUGGAGAGGACCAUGGUCUGAAUGGUGAUAAGAUUGUCACCAGUGGUCGAAAGCAAAGUCUUAAAUUGGCUAAUCAAGAUGUGAGGGUGAGUGAGAAAUCCAAUCAUAGUAGGAGAGCAGUUUCAGCUCCUAGAUCAAAUUUGAGAGAGAUGGGCCAAAAGAUCAAGAUCAAGUAUGAAUAUGAUCGAGGGGAACAAAGAAAAGAGUUAGAUGCUUCUCAUAAACAUGGACCUCCAGUUGGUGAAAUCAAUGAAAUUGUUGCAAAUGCCAAGAUUUCAAAAUGGUUGGAAACGCCUACUCCCAACUUUGACAGCGCAGACUCCAUCUCUCCCGGAGACAUUUUCUUUUCGCGGGAAUAUACUGCCUUUCCGAACUCUAUCUUUCCGCCAAAUGGUGGUGUUGAUCAAAAUGGAUCUCACCCAAAGCCUCAAGUUCUUGUAGAUCGAAAUCCCAGUUCUCAUCUAGGCAAUAAGGUGAAUUUGAAUUUCAACCAUAAUUCUAGGUCGAUGUCGCAAACAACUACAAACUCUAGUGCUGCUGUAAGUAGACAGAGCAGUAAUGUGAGUGACUCUAGCGGCAGGACUAGUGCAAGUACAAAAAAAUUCGUAGCCAACAGGAGAAAGAGCCAAAUAGAACCAUGGUUUUCUUGCCUCAAGAAAGGGUCUUGCCGGACCUCCAACAAAUCUCCAGAAAAAGACAGGCCUUUUGAUGAAACUUCAUUUAUUGAGAAGGCAAUCGUGAUUGAGAACCUGAGACCAUUUUGGGCUGAUAAACAUCAGCCUGCUUCAUUGAAUGGAUUCACUUGCCACAAAAAAGAAGCUCUGCUUCUUCAGCAGCUUGCAUGCAAUGUAACCUUCCCACACAUCUUGCUGAAGGGACCUCCUGGUGCCGAUAAAAAGGCACUGACUGUGGCUCUUCUCCGUGAAAUAUAUGGAGAACCUGUUUGGAAUAUAUCCCAUGAUUUAAGAUACUUCCAUAUUCUGGUUGAUCUACUCCUUCUUCCAAUGGAAACAUCUUUGUUAAGGAGUAAACCAAAAAUUUUAGGCACUGGAUUGUCCUGUUCUGGUAGCAUGGCAUGCAACCAAGAUGGAGACAUGCCAUAA